GGCCUUCCAAACACACUUAGACACAGGCAAGUGAAGAUGGCGGAUGUGUUGAGUGUUCUUCGCCAGUAUAAUAUUCAGAAAAAGGAAAUCGUCGCAAAGGGAGAUGAAGUUAUAUUUGGAGAGUUCUCCUGGCCGAAAAAUGUCAAGACCAAUUAUAUUAUCUGGGGAACCGGUAAAGAGGGCCAGCCCAAAGAAUACUAUACACUCGACUCUAUUUUGUUCUUGCUCAACAACGUACACCUACCGCAUCCGUCCUAUGUGCGAAGAGCUGCAACAGAGAACAUCCCUGUUGUUCGAAGGCCUGAUCGAAAGGGCUUGCUUUCUUACCUUAAUGGCGAGAGUUCGACGUCGACUAGUAUUGACAGAAGUGCACCCAUAGAAAUUGGUCUGCAAAGGCCAACACAAGUGAAAAGAGCUGCCGAUGAGGUGUCUUCAGAAGCCAAAAAACCCAGGAUUGAGGAUGAAGAACGGGUGCGUCUGGACAAGGAGCGAUUGGCUGCUCGUUUGGAAGGCCACAAGGAGGGUAUUGUACAGACCGACCAGAUCAGAUCACUGUCUGAGGCCAUGUCGGUGGAGAAGAUCGCAGCCAUUAAAGCCAAGAUUAUGGCCAAAAAGCGGUCCACCAUCAAAACGGAUCUGGAUGAUGACAUCACUGUGAAACAGCGAAGUUUUGUGGAUGCUGAAGUAGAUGUUACUAGAGACAUUGUCAGCAGGGAGAGGGUGUGGAGGACUAGGACAACCAUUCUCCAGAGCACUGGAAAGAACUUCUCCAAGAACAUAUUUGCCAUUCUUCAGUCAGUGAAAGCCAGAGAAGAAGGGCGAGCCCCUGAGCAGAGACCACCACAGAAUGCAACUCAAGUGGACCCUUCGCUAAGGAACAAGCAGCCAGUGCCGGCAGCCUACAACAGAUACGAUCAGGAGAGAUUCAAAGGAAAAGAGGAAACCGAGGGGUUCAAGAUUGAUACCAUGGGGACCUACCAUGGAAUGACUCUGAAAUCAGUGACGGAAGGGGCUUCUGCUCGGAAGGCUCAGACCCCUGCACUACAGCCUGUCCCACGCCCAGUUUCACAAGCCAGACCGCCACCGAAUCAGAAAAAAGGCUCGCGCACGCCCAUUAUCAUCAUCCCGGCCGCCACCACCUCACUCAUCACAAUGCUAAAUGCUAAGGAUCUGCUGCAGGAUCUCAAGCUUGUCACCUCUGACGAGAAGAAGAAGCAAGGCAUCCAGCGCGACAAUGAGGUUCUUCUCCAGAGGCGCAAAGACCAGAUCCAACCCGGUGGCAACACGCUCUCAGUCACCGUCCCCUACAGAGUCAUCGACCAACCUCUCAAACUAGCACCGCAGGACUGGGACCGAGUGGUGGCUGUGUUUGUGCAGGGUCCUGCCUGGCAGUUUAAGGGCUGGCCCUGGCUGCUGCCUGAUGGCUCCCCUGUCGACAUUUUCGCCAAGAUUCGAGCCUUUCAUCUGAAGUAUGAUGAGGCCAAGACGGACCUCAACGUACAGAAGUGGGACGUGACGGUCCUGGAGCUAAGCCGCCACCGGCGCCAUCUGGACCGGCCCGUCUUCCUGCGCUUUUGGGAGACCCUGGACAGAUACAUGGUGAAACACAAAUCUCACCUCAGGUUUUAAACUCGGAUCGCAACGGCCAAAACCGGGGAAUCCCGAUGAAACCUUCCGGCCCUGUUACACUAUUCUGCUCGGCUUCUCUCUCUACCCGUGUUGAGCGGCCAUUCCAUAUUCCAACGUGAUGCUCCUAGGAGGGGAAUAGUGGAGCCGCCGGGGGACUCCCUGACAACUUGUAAUGCAAAUCUUCACAAAGAGGAGAUUUAGCUGGUACGGGGCAGUGUUGGAAUUUUUUUUAUUUUUUAAUGUUCCAACAUGGGCAAACCUACAACUCUUAACUCUUUUCUAUCAAAAAGAUGCCACAUUGUGAAAUGGAUCAGCAAAAAAAAAAAAGAGAGAGAAAAAACAUUUAAGCAUCAAGUUUGGUCUCAGUGAAGACGAACUGUGUGACUCAACCAUUUGGCGAAAUCACUGUUGCCAAGUGUGUUUGGGAGUUUGCGUUGCGGUUUGAUGUAUAUACAUGAUAAAAUCCUAUGGAGCCAAAGCGCUUUGGAGAAGAGAUGAACGGAUUUAAUACUUUGGAAGGCUUUUGUCGGCUUUGUUUUGGACACAUUGUUUUUGAAAUACUCGGCCGUACAAUGACUCUGUUACAAACUUCAGUUUCUUUCGUUGAUGUCAUGAUAGAGCCAAGGGAAAUUGGGUUUCUGAAGUGAGAAGACAAUAAAGCCUAUAAAAA